UCUACCACUUUAACAAACAACAUAUGGCCACAAAAGCACUAUUUUGGUUCAAAUAUAGCAUCCACACAUAUAGAUUCAAAUGUCUUCUAAUAUUUGCACGUUUGUUCAUGUUGACAAAAUACACAAGUAGUCCAACACAAUACAAGCACCAGAGCCUCCUUCCCACUAGAUAAAAAAAGCGCGUUGUUUUUUUUUUUUUAUGUCGAGGUUCAUUAAGUUUCCAUCACCUUCAACUUCCAUUAAGGCGCCAGUGCUCAUCUAUUUGUAAGUUAGGAGCCUCAGGGCGAGUUACUGAGGUAUGAUGGCACGGUUCUCCGAGUAGUGGCUUUCUCACUGAGUCCAUUAUUCAUGUGAGACGAUCGCAGCUCUCUCUCUCUCUCUCUCUCUGGAGUGACAGACUGCACUGUGCCACAGAUUCCUGUAGGCGCCCUUCUCGCCAUGCGUUCUCUCCGGGUCGCAGCCUGACGCACUCGGGGAGGACGGUCCUCCGCUGUCACACCGCCGAGGGAGGGAGCGAGAGCGAUAGAGAGAGAGGGAGGGAGGAGAGAGAGGGAGAGAGAGAGAGACAGGGGCAAACUUUGCGUGAUUGUGGCUGAGGCGCUUUAUGGGCUCACCUAGGUAAUCGCGGCAACCACUGAACAUACCUUCGCUUAAAUUUCCAACAUCCGCUUGCGACAGACAGCGACGAGGAAUCCCCCUCAGGAGAGACUGGGGCUGCAUCCUCUGAAGCUGUUCAUGCCGGAUAAAGUUUAUGAGCAGCGUGGUAGAGGAGUGGCUACAGGCUCGGCUGCAUACCUUUCGAUAAACUUAUUGGGAAGUCGCUCGUCGCCGCCAGCUGAAAUGGGCACCUUGCGCGACCUCCAGUACGCGCUACAGGAGAAGAUUGAGGAGCUGCGCCAGAGGGACGCGCUCAUCGACGAGCUGGAACUGGAGCUCGACCAGAAAGACGAGCUCAUACAGAGGCUACAGAACGAGCUGGACAAAUACCGCUCCGUUAUCAAACCGGCAACCCAGCAGGUCCACAAGCAGAACGAGCUGAACGAGCAGCAGCGGACAAAGAGGCAGGCGAUUUCGGCCGAACCCACUGCCUUCGACAUCCAGGAUCUUAGCCAUGUCACCCUACCUUUCUACCCCAAAAGCCCACAGUCCAAGGAUCUGAUCAAGGAAGCCAUCUUGGACAAUGACUUCAUGAAGAACCUGGAGCUGUCGCAGAUCCAAGAGAUUGUGGACUGCAUGUACCCUGUGGAGUAUGGGAAAGACAGCUGUAUCAUUAAGGAGGGCGAUGUGGGCUCACUGGUCUACGUCAUGGAAGACGGGAAGGUGGAGGUGACGAAGGAGAGCCUGAAGCUCUGCACCAUGGGGCCAGGAAAGGUGUUUGGAGAGCUGGCUAUUCUCUACAACUGCACCAGGACUGCCACUGUCAAGACUCUAACAAAUGUGAAGCUGUGGGCCAUCGACCGACAAUGUUUUCAGACUAUCAUGAUGAGGACGGGUCUCAUCAAGCACACAGAGUAUAUGGAGUUCCUGAAAAGCGUCCCCACAUUCCACGGUCUGCAGGAGGAUAUUCUGAGCAAGCUUGCCGAUGUCCUUGAGGAGACACAUUAUGAAGACGGAGAGUACAUCAUCAGACAGGGGGCCAGAGGAGACACCUUCUUCAUCAUCAGUAAGGGAAAGGUUAAUGUGACCAGGGAAGAUUUGCCCAAUGGAGAGCCUGUCUACCUGCGCAGUCUUGGAAAAGGCGACUGGUUUGGAGAGAAAGCACUGCAAGGGGAGGACAUCAGGACAGCCAACGUCAUUGCAGCAGAGGCCGUCACCUGUUUAGUAAUCGAUAGAGAUUCAUUCAAGCACCUGAUUGGAGGUUUGGAGGAUGUGUCCAGUAAGGGUCAUGAGGAUGCUGAUGCCAAAGCCAAGUAUGAAGCAGAGAAUGCGUUUUUCUUCAAUCUGAACCUAGCUGACUUCAACAUCAUCGACACUCUGGGGGUUGGUGGCUUUGGACGUGUUGAGCUGGUUCAGCUCAAGAGUGACGAGAACAAAACCUUUGCCAUGAAGAUCUUGAAGAAGCGGCACAUAGUCGACACAAGACAGCAGGAGCACAUUCGUUCAGAGAAACUCAUCAUGCAGGAGGCCCACUCUGACUUCAUUGUUAGACUCUAUAGAACCUUCAAGGACAGCAAGUACCUCUACAUGUUAAUGGAGGCAUGUUUAGGAGGAGAGCUGUGGACCAUUCUUCGAGACCGGGGUUCCUUUGAGGACUCAACCACCAGGUUUUACACAGCUUGUGUGGUAGAGGCCUUUGCCUACCUGCAUUCCAAAGGAAUCAUCUACAGGGACCUCAAACCAGAGAACCUUAUAUUGGACCACAGGGGGUAUGCCAAACUGGUGGACUUUGGCUUUGCCAAGAAGAUUGGAUUUGGAAAGAAGACAUGGACCUUCUGUGGGACGCCGGAGUAUGUAGCACCAGAGAUCAUUCUGAACAAGGGCCACGACAUCUCAGCUGACUACUGGUCCCUAGGAAUCCUCAUGUUUGAACUCUUAACUGGCAGCCCUCCAUUCUCUGGCCCUGAUCCUAUGAAAACCUACAACAUCAUCCUGAGAGGCAUUGACAUGAUCGAAUUUCCAAAGAAAAUUACCAAAAAUGCUGCCAACCUAAUCAAAAAGCUAUGCAGGGAUAAUCCUUCUGAAAGACUGGGAAACUUGAAAAAUGGUGUCAAAGACAUCCAAAAGCACAAAUGGUUUGAGGGCUUUAAUUGGGAGGGCUUGAAGAAGGGGACACUGACGCCUCCUAUUAUCCCUAAUGUCACAUCAGCAGUCGACACAAGUAACUUUGACAGCUUCCCAGAGGACAACGAGGACCCGCCUCCUGAUGACAACUCCGGCUGGGAUGUUGAUUUUUGAAGUCCUUCUCUUCCCUUAAAACCAAAAGAAACUUGUCUUUUGUUGGCUUGGAGGCCAUCUUGAGGACAUGGCUGUGUUGUAAAAAAAAAAUAAACUGCAUUAAAAAUGAAAGAGAGAAUAUGGAAAAGAAGAUAAACAGACGGAUGGCAAACCCUCUGGGUCACCGAUAUGCCUUUAUUUCACUGUGGCUCUGGAUCAAGCAUUUAUAAUGGGACUGCUGUAGCACUCAGUGUUGUCUUACGCUCAGCUCUAAAGGCAAAGGCAAAGAAAGUGCAGGGAUACACACACAUACACACAAUACAACAGAGGCUGAUAAUGGAGCCAGGUUUUCCCAUCUAACAGGGAAAGAUGUUUAGUGGGUGAAUGAACGUUCAAUAGCCUGUCCAAGUUUUGGUUCUAGGAUAAAUAUGAAUGUGAAAAGUGUGAUGAUGACAGUUCAGAAAAAGAGGAGGUUUAUGAUUGAUUUUUUUUUCUGUGUUUGUUUCUCCGCAAUACUUGGUGAAAUAGGUGGUGGACUUUGGGAGGUUGUAACAUGUUACUGCAGUUGUUUGCUGGUUUUUGACAUGCAGCUGCUUGCUGCAAGUUUGGGUACUUUUCAGAGAUCUACACACUACAGUUUGCAAGUGAACCUGACAUCAAGUGCUCAAGACUAACCUGAAUGUCACUGAUUUUCUUCUCAACAUCCAUAUGACAUACAGUAUGUACGGUACAUGGUAUUUGAAUUUACAAGUUACAUUCUCACAAAUGAACACAACCAGGCUAAAAUCAAAUACAUAGUACACUUUAUAUAAAAUAAACCUACCUUGAAAAGCACAAACACUGUGCGUUCAGUGGAAAGACAUGUGACUCUUCAAGUGCCCUGCUUAAAUUUUAAUGAAUCACACACCGACACACAUGCAAUGUCAGCUUAGUAUUUCCAUGAAGCAAUCUGUCAUUAUGCACUUAAGACCAUUAACUGAGAAAAUCAGCAGUUAUAGCUAAUUUUAAGCUUCGGUAGAUGAAGUCACACUUUUUUCUUUUUUUUUUUUUGGUUCUUAAAUACGCUUUGAAUCACGCAUAUGAAUGCUUCUCUACCUACAUACUUCUUAAUUUUGUUUUUUAAAUCACCCAAAUGCCUCUUUCCAUUCAACCAAACAGGACAUCCUCUGUUUGUUCCUGUAUAGUUCUGAUAUAACUGUGAACAUGGUUUCAAUGUCUUUGGUGCUGUUAUUGAUAAAUUAUAAUAAGCGAUGGUGAGAUGACAGUACUGGUUAUUGUUUUUGUAUAGUGAUUUUUUUGUGCUUGAUUUCUUUGUAACGUACUUGACUUCCUUCUUUAGAAAAUUGGAGAAUUGUGUCAAUUUGUAAACUUGAGUGAAGAUUUGUUUAAUAUCACUUGACACCAUGUUAGAUUGUGCUAAGUGGUGUUCUCAAAGGUUUUUUUAACAGGUUUAACCAUGUUAAAUUCAUCCAUAUAAAUUAACCAUCCUCUUCUUUGGAGGCAAAAUGUACCACAUUCACAUUAUCUUGAAACUACCUUGAUUGAACACCAUCUUAUAGAAAUUUUGAAAUGUCUCCUUGAGACAGACAGCAAAAGAAAAAAAUGGAGAUUAUAUUUUGUGAAACUCACAGCUUUGACCACUAGCACCAUAAUCUUUUACCCAGCUCAUCACCUCUCACGCCCAAAAAUCAGAGCAUAAAAUCAGAAGAAAUGUAAGUGCCUUAAAUCAAUGGCAUACAAAAUUAACAUCAACAAGACCUUUUUGAUGCUGCAUGAACACAUAUACACCUCAAAAAACGUAUGUGUCCUCUUAGAUGGCUGCUUCUCAUCCUUUGUUAAAUCUAAUAAAUACAUUAAUCACCUUGGAGAGAGAAUUUCAAGUCAUUUAAUGGCAGACAAAAGUGUGUAUGAAAUAAUUUCCUGCUCUACCCCUUUGAUUUAUCUCACAGAAAUAUUUAUUAACAGGCUGCAAUGACAUGCUUUUCUCUAUAAAUCUAAUGUGAUCUUAUGAAAUCAACCACAGCUGGUCUGAUAUAAAGUGAACAGUAAGACAUAGCUCAGAGGGACCAUCCAUCAUCCGUCUCAGCAGAUGAAAGUCCAUGAAAUCCAAGCAUUUAGAGAUGGCAGGAAUGAUUUGCAGUUUUGAGCAUUUCAGUAAUGUGAAAACAAUAUUCUUGUUUACCACUGUUGACAAUCUUUGAUAGCAUUGAUCAUAAUGUACAAUCAUCAUCAUCAUUCUGAUUUUCAUUUUCAGUUGUUUGGUUUAAAUGAAGCUAAAUAGCACAGCUCAUAUUUCAUCCCAUGAGGCCAAACAGAUACGCUUACAUUUAAAUUGCAUCAGUCAAUGAAUAAUGUUGAUGGAGAGUUACAAAUGAGGAGAAAUCUUGAUUCUGUAGGCAUAUCAUAAGUAUUUUACUGUAUUAAGGGCAGGUUAUGUUUAUCACGAAGCCUUAUGUAUGUCAUCACUUUACAAACCACUGGUUUUGAGUCUUAUAUUGACCGCCUUCUGCAAUGUUACUUGAUAUUUGCCUUGUGUUAUGUUGUUUAUUCUGCUGUAAAUUAAUUUUGCAGAGUGCCACCUGUAAGAUUUUUAAAAUUAUAGAGUAAAAACAAUA